UGCUAACCUGACCUCCUCGCCUGUUGCAAGCUAUUGACAGCAAACGCAACAGAACAGCAGCUGCUCAAGACGCUUUCAUCAGUCGUUUGUUCCCUGCGACGACAUAGAACAAGAUGCUGUCCUACAUCAUUGGGGUUAUCCGGAGCGGCUUUGAUGGGCUGCUCAAGCUCCUCUUCCGGCUCCUCUUCCCCCGGAGGAGGCCCGCCAUCACCUUGGAGGACCCCAGCGUCAAGUAUGCACUGCGGCUCAUUGAUAAGCAGAUCGUGAGUCACGACACGCGGAAGUUCCGUUUCGCUCUGCCGUCCGCCGAACACGUGCUGGGUCUCCCCGUGGGACAGCACAUUUAUUUGUCGGCCAAAAUCGACGGCGUGCUGGUGGUCCGCCCGUACACGCCCACGUCCAGCGAUGACGACAAGGGCUACGUGGACCUGGUCAUCAAGGUUUACUUCAAAAACGUCCAUCCCAAAUUCCCAGAAGGCGGCAAGAUGAGUCAGUACCUGGAGAGUCUGCGCAUCGACGACACCAUCGACUUCAGGGGGCCCAGCGGGCUUCUCGUCUACCGGGGCAAAGGUGUUUUUGCCAUUCAGGCUGACAAAAAGGCUCCAGCUGUGACCAAGAUGGCCAAACACGUGGGCAUGAUCGCGGGCGGGACAGGGAUCACGCCCAUGCUGCAGGUCGUCACGGCCAUCAUGAAGGACCCGCAGGACCGGACGGUGUGCCACCUGCUCUUUGCCAACCAGACGGAGAAGGACAUCCUGCUGAGGCCCGAGUUGGAGGAGAUUCAAGUCAACGACCCCGAGCGCUUCAAGCUGUGGUUCACCGUGGACAGAGCGCCCGCCAACUGGGAGUACAGCGAGGGCUUCAUCAGUGAGGCGAUGGUGCGGGAGCAUCUCCCGCCGCCGUCCGCCGACACCCUGCUGCUGAUGUGCGGCCCGCCGCCCAUGAUCCAGUUCGCCUGCAACCCCAACCUGGACAAGGCGGGCCACGCCGCCGAGCGCAGGUUCGCCUUCUAGGGGCCGAGCCUUACGUACUACGCGUUGUACGUUCUAUACGGUGUCACGCAGCUUGAGCGCUCGCAACAAUUUUGGUGCCUUACUUUAUUUUAUUUUUUUUGCAUUAUGCAGACUGAUGUGAUGCGCUUAUGCUCCUCGUGCGGAUGCAAUGUCAUUUUCCCCUUUCUGGCACUUUUCCAGUUUCUAUUCCCAAUCAAUUAUUCAACCAACGUGUUGAUUGUCAUGCAGCACUUUUAUGGAGGCUCCAGAAAGAUAUGAUGAAACAAGUUUUGUCCACUUGUUUAUUGCUAAACAAAGAGAGAAGCAUUUUUGAAUUGUAUGCAGCACAUGUUUGAUAUAAUAUAAUAUAAUUCUCUCAAAGCAA